AUGUCUUCAUUAGUUGGAGCCUUGGUUGCGGCAGUCGGCUGCGUGUUUGGAGUCUGCACCCGAAGGCAGACAACGGAGAUCGACGUGAAGGUCGCUCUGUGGAAUGGGCGGCCAAAAGAGAAAUCAACGAUGAUCUUUGUCGGUCCCCGAACGCGUAAACCAAAGAAGAGUCCCAGUGAGAAGGUGCCAGCCAGUAGCACUACCAGUACCAGUGGAUCGAGCACUCUGGCGGACGACAAACGGCCACGGACUGCCUUCAGUGGACCCCAGCUGGCGAGGUUGAAGCACGAAUUCGCCGAAAAUCGCUAUCUAACGGAACGGCGACGGCAGGCGCUGAGUGCCGAGCUGGGUCUGAACGAGGCUCAGAUCAAGAUUUGGUUCCAGAACAAGCGGGCGAAAAUCAAAAAAUCCUCCGGCCAGAAGAAUCCUCUCGCCCUGCAACUGAUGGCCCAAGGUUUGUACAAUCACUCGACGGUGCCGUUGACCCGGGAGGAAGAAGAGCUGCAGGAGAUGCAAGCCGCAGCUGCUGCGGCGGCAGAAUCCCGGACUGGAUCGGCCGCAGCCGCUAGCGUUUAGUGACUGUACAGUGGCGGUAGAUAAUUGCGGAGACCCCGGGCGGAGUACUGUAUGGUGUGAACAAAUAUGACACGAUGAAAUAGUUUAACAUUUGUCUUGAAAUUUCAAAAAAUGUAUUGUGCAAAUCCUUCUGAAAGUUUUAUAAACGCAAUUUCGCAGUUAACCAAGUUUAGACAAUGGGGCUGAAAUUUACAGUUGAGCGAGUGUUUUGUUGAUAUGUUUAACUGAUCCGUUCUACUCAAAAUCUCGGAUUAAGUUAUUUUCUUCUAUAAAACCAACCACAGCCAGACAAUUUGUUCACAUUUGAAGAUGGAAGUAAUAUCAAAUCUGUGAUAUCGUAACGUUAAAUCACUCACAAUAGGAGACAUGAUGUACAUUUCUAAUAGCAAAUCGAGUUUGUCAAUGUUGUAGAUAACUUUUCCUUCCAUACUUCGCAUGGUAUCCUACUUUAUAUGUAUUUAACCCAAACGUAAGAUAAGUGUAAUGUUUCCCAAUCAAAACGAAAUGGCAGCCCGAGUCUCUAACCACAAUCGAACUGAGUUAUUCUAAGCAAAUUAUGUCGAAAUAUGUUUGAAGUUGUAUCACAAGUUGAGUAUUAGAUAAAAGAAUUUGUAAAUUAGUGUAAAUCUGUAUAUUUUUACCGCGAAUCGAAAUUCAGUCGUCACGAAGCAUGCAUAAUCAGAAACGAAAAAAAAAAGAAAACACAGCAGCAGCUUGUACUGAGGUUAGCUAUAAUUGUAACUAUUUAUUUAUUUCGUUUACCGCCGAAGUUCUUAUAGAGCCAAUGCCAAAAACAUUCUGGUUUUUGUGGGUUUGGCUACCAUAAAUAGAAAGCAACAUAAAUGCAACACUGCAAUAAGCAACUCGAAAACAGUUGUAACUGUUUUGAAAAACCUGAAAUAAAA